CUUCCGUUGUUUUUGGUUAUGUCAAUGACACAGAUGUCACUAGCAGUGGACAGUGGUUGUUCAGUUUCAGUGUUGUGUUGUCCAGGGCUUUAGUACACAUGCAAAAACAACUAAAAAAUGCUCGAUACGUCGAGGCUGGAGGUGAACGUGAAGAGACUGUUGGCUCGAUGUGAAUUAAUGGCGAAAGAAGAUUCUCAUCUCGAAAAGUGGAACUGGAAGCUUGAAAAAUUCAUACUUGCACUGGACGAUAUGCUCAAGGAAUUGCAAGAAUCUCCAGAUAAACCUUCACGCGAUACGAUGACAGAGUACACAAGAAGAGUAGAAUUCUUGAAAGGUGUCAUAGAGACGUCUAAGCUAACAAAUCCCAUAGAAAGAAUUGUAGCAGCUCAAAUGUUGCCUAGGAAUUCAUCAAUGAUAUCAACUGAUCUCAAUGGGCCCAGUGUUACUUCUCAAAUCCAUCAGAAAACAACAGCAAAAUAUAGCAGAGAGUUGCGCAGUGAAUUGUUCAAUAUGGAUGCGCCUGGAGGAAACAGUCGGGAUCCGUUAAGCAGUAACAAGCUUAGACAGCGAGCAGCUGGUGCUCCGGCUCAGGAUCAAGAUCUUGAUGCUCUCCUCAAGUACAAUAGAAAUAUGCAGGAAAAAAUAGCUGAAAAUAUGAUACUUAUGACAAGCAGCAUGAAAGAACAUGCACUGACUGCAAAUUCGAUAAUUAAACAAGACAUUGGAUCGCUCGAAAAAUCUGACAAGUUAACAGACAAAAAUGCUGCUAAGUUGCGAAUGGAGUCUCUGAAACUUGAGGAACACACAAAAUCUACCUGGAGAUGUUGGGUCUGGCUCAUGGUAGCCUUUGUACUCGUUGUUUUUUUCAAUAUGAUACUUUUUAUGAAAAUGGCUAAGAAAAAACCUUGACCAACAGCAACAUGCUCGACUAGCCGUUGCAUUCUUGAGCGAUCUACUGUUGAAUUCUGUACUAGCCUGCUGCUGUACUGAUUUUUUGACAAGAGUUAUCUUAACAGAGAAGUGUUGGCUCCGCAUGCUGAGCUAUGGUGGCUGUGAAAGACCAUCAGAUUUUAUGAAAAAAAAAAUAAAUAAGAGGUACAUUGAUUUGUA